AUGUCUGCGGGGAGAAGAAUUUGCGCGGUGAUGACUCGGACGGCCGUGUACGUGUUCGACAAAUAUCACUUCACCAUCAACACGUUCAGCGGCUCCGCGAUAAUGUGUGUCGGCGACAUCGCACAACAAAACGUAGAACGUUACCACGGGUUGUCCGAUGGUUACGACUGGUCGAGAACCGCGAGAAUCGCGGUGAUAGGCAGCAUUCUGGGAUCGGUACAGCAUAUCUUUUACCGGUCACUGGACAAGCGAUAUCCAGCCAGGGACGCGUUCACGAUAGCCAAAAAGAUAUUCAUCGACCAAACGGUGUGCACACCCCUCAAUAUCGCAUUGUUCAUCUACGGGUUGGGUUUCUUGGAACAGAAGACUUUAACAGAGAUCAAUGAAGAGUUUAAAGACAAAUGUGCAAUGAUAUUUUUGGUUGACUGUGCAGUUUUUGUCCCAACUCAAUACAUAAACUUCAAGUUUUUAGACCCAAAAUACAGACUUCUAUUUACAAACAUGGUAUCUAUUAUGUAUGAUACUUUUCUCUCUUAUAUUAAGUAUACUCAUGAUAUUCUCAAAUUGAUGGAAAGACAAAAUAACAAUAACAAUACAAAUUGA